GUUGUGUGGUCACAGUCCAAGCCGAUCCAGCCUUCAGUAAUGUGACAAAUUAUUUUCCAAUUCUGUCACUUAAAUCUUUUUCAACCAAUAAAAUUUUUUUUCAUUUAUUUAAUAAAAUGAGUGGUCACAACCUCUACCAAUCUAACUUUUUUAUAAAAUUUAUCAAAAGUUGAUCGGUGUUUAAAAAAAAUAAGUUAACAAAUUUAUCACUACGAUUACAAUGUGUUUGAACUUUUUAAUCAGCAAUAAAAAUCAUUCAAUUUUGAUUAAUUGACCCUGUUUAAAAAAUUCAUAAAUGCGGCACUGUGAAGUGGAAAAAUAAUUUUUACAGUAAAAAAUAAUUCCGUGGUAGUGAGAGAAUAAGAAUAAUGACGAAGGUUGAAAUAGUCCAGAUAACGCUAUGGGAACAAACGAAAUUACAUUUACUUUGUUUCAUAUACGGAUUAUAUGUAAUAGCAAAGUGUUUUUUCAAGUGGACAUGGGACCGUAAAAAUUUUUUCCGAAUGCACCAACGAGAUAAACCGCCGCCUUGUCUCGUCGAUGACAGUCUCGGUAAACAUUCUUACGUUAAAUUGAAGGGUAUAAAAUUUCAUUAUGUGGAAACAGGAGAAAAAUAUAAACCGUUAUUAUUAUUAUUACAUGGUUUUCCUGACUGCUGGCUGUCUUGGAGAGAACAAUUACCAGUUUUAUCAGAACACUAUAGGGUAAUUGCUUUAGAUUUGAAAGGGUUUGGCGAUAGUGAUAAACCGACGAGAAGAAGAUCAUACAGAAUGGAAGUUUUGAUAAAUGAAUUGCGUCAAUUUAUUUCAACACUGGGAGUUGAUAACUGCAGUAUAAUUGGCCACGAUCUUGGCGGUUUAUUGGGCUGGUUUAUGACAAUGCUUCAUAGUGAAAUAAUUGAUAAAUUUGUUGCAAUAUCUAGUCCACACCCGAAUCUUUAUUGGGCUGAGUUAUCGAAAAAUAAAUCUUUUCAUAAAUGGAUGCAUUUUAGUAGGCUACCUUUCUUACCGGAAAUAGAUGCACUGAAAGAGGAUUUAUCUAUUAUCAAUAACACGUUUCAACAUCUGCAGGCAAAUCAGAAAAGUGAGAAAAAUUAUGUUGAAGCUUAUAAAUAUGCAUUUAGUAGGAGAGAAGAUUGGACUGGGCCGAUAAAUUAUUACCGCAAUUUGCCGUUCGUUCGUGUGAAUUCAAACGAACCGCUUGUCAAUCAGACAUUACUCAUAGUCGGCAAUUCAGAUCCUUGGAUUUCACUGGAAAGUAUCGUUCGAAGUUCAGAAUACGUUUUGAGAUCCAACAUCAAAGUUAUCACGGGCGCGCAACAUUUUCCACAUCAGGAAAAUCCAGAUAUGGUCAAUCAAGUUAUUUUAAAUUUUUUCAUAGGACCUCCAGUACAGAAUGAAAAAAAUAAUAGCAAAAGUAUAGUUUCGACAUGGCUUGGUUCACUUAGUAGUACAGUGAAAUACGGAAACCAAGUCUUUGAUGCAGUUCAUAAAAGAACAAAUGGUGUUAUAAGUGGCUUGCCAAAUAAAGUACUCUACCUAGGUCAUACAACAACGUUAUAAAUUAAACAACAUAAUGAAAUGAAAUGAAAAAAAUUUUCAUUU